AGCUGGCAAAAGCUUUGUACCAGUGAAUGGGAUGAAGCAGAUGAAAAUUUAACCUGCAUGGCCAUGGGCUACUAUAACAACGGUGUCUAUGCUAAUGGCACAUGGUACGCAGAACGUGGCAAUGCUUCCGAGAUGUCCACCCACUACAACUGUACCAUUCCCACCACAUGUCAAAACAAUUCGGAAAAGAAACAACAAUUUUGCAAAGUUCCUGUUCGCUUGAAUGGCGCAAAUGUGGAGUAUGGAGGAAGAGUGGAAGUGUUUUACGAGGGGAAAUGGGCAAAGAUAUGUAGGAAUGAAUGGGACUUUAAUGAUGUCAAAGUUAUUUGUCGUCAACUUGGCUUUGAAGAGGCUUUAGCGGAGUUCAUUGGGUCAGACGUAAAGGCUAAGGGAAUACCUUCUGCAAUGUCCGAUGUCUCUUGCACCGGAGAAGAGUUUCAACUUGCAUCAUGCGAUCGCAUUGAUGGAAGGUUAAAUAUUCCACUUCAAUGUCAUUUGGAUGACAUGGGUUCUCAAGCGUUGUGUCAACCAAAGAACAAGAAAGUGUCGAAAAGAGGCAGACUCUAUUUUGAUAUUGGUAGCAGCGAAAAGCUUCACUGCUCUAUACACAAUAAAACCAAUUAUGCUAGAUGGGUCAUCAAUGGGCGAAAGCUUGAAAUAACAAACUCUACUUCUGAAAGGGUCAGGGCUGUCGAGAAUGGUGAUUUGUUCAUCGAUAAUGUGCAACUGUCUGAUGGAGGAAUAUAUGAAUGCCAGAGAUUGGAAUAUGUUCAAUAUUAUAUUGUCUACAUUAAUGCAAGAUUUACUGAGAAGACGUUGAACCGACAAACUGUUAUGGCGAACAAGUCUGGCAUUAUAAGCUGUAGUGCUAAUGGAAAACCAAAUCCACAGAUUUCUUGGAGUAAGGAAGGAGGAAAGUCCUUAAACCCGAAACGAUUCACUCAAGUAUCCGACGGUAGCCUGCAUAUUGACUCUGUACGGCCUGAAGACGAUGGAAAUUAUACCUGUACUAUGAAACAAACUAAAGGAGUAAAGAGGGUCACAAGCAAAGAUAAAGACAUUCGAGUGUCAGUUAUAAUUCAACCAAAAGUGGAUAUUUCUGGAGCAAGCAAUCUCAUCGUAGAAGGAAACAGUGUAAACUUGACGUGUAAAGUUGUGGCGGGUCGGCCUGAACCACGGAUCACCUGGCUCAAGAAUAAUACAUUGCAAGGACAGAGUUUGUCUCUCUUCUUUUCUGAGAUAACAAAGGAGGACGAAGGGCGGUACACUUGUAGGGCAGAGAAUGAAGCAGGCAAUUCUAGAAAAGGCAUUAACAUUUCUGUAAAGGUUCCACCCCGUGUUCGUAAUGAGGCUAGAAAUCUCAUCGUUGCAUUUGACUCCACAUUUAAAAAAGAGUGUUAUUUGAGAGGUGAUCCACAAGUAUCUGUUAACUGGACCAAGGAUGGAGUGCUAAUUAGUAAAAACAACUUCUUGGUUAUUAGACAAGCGACGCUUAAAGAUAAAGGCUAUUAUGAAUGUACUGCUAGAAAUGAUUAUGGCGAAGCAAAAUAUUCCUUCUGGAUCGAUGUCACAGCUGAGCAAGUGCCACGAGCUAUGCAAAGUUUCAACGCUUUGUGGUAUUACAUUGGUGGAUCAGUGGCGGCAGCGACUGUCAUCUCGCUAAUUGCCUGGUAUUUCUGCAAGCGUCGAAGGACAGCUAUGGCUCUUCCUGAUCAAGAGCAGGCAAUUCAGAUGGAGCCAUUGAAUGCAGAGGUAGAUGAGUGGGAGGUUGCGGUUAACCGUGUCCUGCUACAAGAUGUCAUUGGACGAGGGGCGUUCGGAGCCGUGUGGAGAGCUCUCCUGAGUUCACCAAAUGGACAACCUGGAAAUCGGACAGUGGCCGCUAAAUGUUUCACGCCCACUGCUGGAGAGGAAGGAAGGAUAUGUCUGAUGAGGGAAAUUGAGCUGGGGAAACUUAUCGGUGAAAACGUUCCGCCAAACAUUGUAAAGUUCAUGGGCUGUGUUACGAAAGAAAUUCACCCAAUACUCAUCAUGGAGUACAUGCCAUGUGGUGACCUGCUUGGUUACCUGAGAAAAUGCCGAGGGGUGAGGGAUCGGUAUUAUCUUGGUGAGGGAAGAGCCCAGGAUUUGACCAACUACGAUCUUGUGAUGUUUGCCAAACAAAUCGCCGCCGGCAUGGUGUUCCUUGGAACGCGAGGGAUUAUCCAUCGUGACCUGGCGGCUCGAAACGUUCUCCUUGACAAAAACUAUGUUUGCAAAGUGACGGACUUUGGUAUGGCAUAUCAAAGCUUCAAGUAUGGCCAUGGAAAUGCCAAAAAGGGAUGUUUGCCAAUCAAAUGGACUGCACCAGAGAUUCUGCUGGGAGAACUUGCUGGACUUUCUACCUUGAGUGAUGUGUGGUCCUAUGGAAUCGUUCUGUAUGAGAUAGUUACUCUUGGAGGAAUUCCGUACGACGGAUGGUCAGAAGGCAUGGUGGUUGCAGAGGUCACCAAGGGAUAUCAGAUGCCAAAGCCCGAUCAUGUUGAUAACAAACUGUAUGAUAUCAUGAAAAGGUGCUGGAACCGUAACCCUGACUUCCGUCCUCCUUUUGAAAGCCUGCGACAAAGAAUGGACAAAUACAUUCGUGAAGAGACAUACGUGGAACUUCUUAACUUGGGCGCUUAUGACAAGGCAAAAUACUCCAGGGUUGAAGAUCUCGGAGAUGAAGACGCAGGACCAAGUGAGGAAGUUGCAAAGACGGCCUCUGCUAAGAGAUUGGGAAAAUGGGCCAGUGACCGUCGUUAG